UCAAAUGGACUGAAAUUGCAGGACCUGGCAAGGGAAGACUUCCCGCUGCCGACGCUAGGCCCAAAACUGGUGGCGUUCAGGGAAGAGGUCAGGACGGGCCGCGGUUUCCAGCUGUUCAGGGGGCUGCCUGUGGGAAAGUACAGCCGGGAGCAGACGAUGGCGGCCUACUGGGCGAUCGGCACGUACUGGGGCAAGGCGCAGAGCAACAACAAGAAGGGGCACCUCAUAGGCCACAUCAAGGACAUCGGCUACGACCCCUCCCAGCCCACCACCCGCCUCUACGCCACCCACGCAGCGCAGCCCUGGCACAACGACUCCAGCGACCAAGUCGCGCUGCUGUGCCUGAGCAAUGCACAGGAGGGCGGCCUGAGCGGCUGGAGCAGCAGCAUUAGCGUGCACAACGAGAUCGUGCGGCGGCGGCCGGAUCUGGCGCGGCUGCUGGCGGGACCCUGGUUCAUGGACCGCAAGGGGGAGGUGCCAGAGGGCAAGAAGGGCUAUUUCGAGCUGCCAGUCUUCAACUACCACGAGGGCUACCUGAGCGUGAAUUACUCGGACAAUUACUACCUGCUGAGUCAGCGAUUCGAGGAGGUGCCGCGGCUGACGCCGGCGCACUACGAGGCGAUGGCGCUGUUCAAUGAGCUGGCGGCCUCGCGCGAGCUGCGCCUGGAGAUGAUCAACAACCAGCUGCUCAACAACCACACCUGCCUGCACUACCGCUCCGCCUUUGUCGACUACCCGGACAGGAAGCGGCACCUGCUGAGGCUGUGGGUGGCGCCGCCGGUGGAGAGGCCGCUGCCGCAGUGCUACGCAGAGCUCUACGGCACCGUGAAGGUCGGGGACCGCGGCGGCAUCCGCGUCAAGGGCUACGAUGAGAAGAUCCCCUUGGAAGCUGAAUGA